UUAGUCCAAAAGUUACACUGUGACAUAGGAUCAAAUGUCAAAAUUAUAGUAUAAAUUUUUCAACAAAUAUAAAUAAAAUUUUUGUGAUUUUUAACAUUGUAAAUUUAGAAAAUGGCAUGUAAAAGACCUUUGGGCCCUGGACCGGGUGCUUACCAGCUCCCCACAACAGUGGGUUACAACAGCCACGAUCCAUCCCGGUACCGUAACCCGAUGUUCUCGUUCGGAACAAACGCGGGGUUCAGGGUGAAGCAGUUGGGGCCAGGCCCUGCCUACAAGAUACACCGGGUCACGAGGGACGGCAUGAUGACAUCGCCGGCGUGGAGUUUUGGUGCCAGGUUUGGGCAACGAGCAAUUCUCCGAACCCCAGGUCCAGGGGCGCACGCCCCAGAACGCUGCCCACCGAUGAAAGAACCACGUGCUCCAGUCUACUCCAUGGGUGCUCGCACCAGCUUCACUCUGAAGAGGCCUGGCCCAGCGCCCAACGCAUACGCCCUGAGACUUGGGAGUGAGACGCCUGCCUACACAAUGGGCGCUCGAGUCGGGUUCAAUCCGAAGGCGAAAUCUCCUGGACCCGCAGUCUAUUACCAACACAGCACUGAUGUUUAUAAAACGAAAAUGCCGAUAUAUUCUUUGGGUGCGCGGUUAGAAGGCGCUGGGAAGGCAUCCAAGUCCCCAGGGCCAGCCAACUACCCACCACACCUCUACAACACUAAAAAGAAUCCGUACUCAUACUCAUUUGGAACGAAGCACGGUGACUAUGCCCCGCCAAUGAUCAUCAAGGAAGACACAAUGGACUGUCUAUAAAGUUAAAUCGUAAAGUUAUAACUACCAGCCUAUCUAAAAAUCAAAAACAAACUGCUAUAAGGGUAUUAAAAGUAACUUUUAUAAUUGAACCUACCAUGGCAAGACAGCGAUGUUACCGUUACGAUAUAGUAGAGGAAUGAAAUGUAUGUAAUCGUAUGAAGAUUAGAGACGCUUCUAUUUAACGUCAAUUAACGCACUAUUUUAUAAUCGCGACAAAAUGUCAUAAAUUUACUAGAGGAAGACUUUGUACAAAAGUCGUUUUGCUUAGGCACCUCUGUCCCAUUCGUGUUUCGGCCGUGAAGCAGUUGUGUUUGCAUAGCUGUAUUUCGGUUUGAAAAUAUUUUUGUAAAUUUACUGCCGUAUCCCAGUGAAUUUACAGGGUACAAAGGAAUAACACUUAACUCCUCAGGAAUGGCAACGCAUGGGCGGUAUCAUGGGCGAAAUAGUAUAAAUACUCUGUUUUUUUUUAUUGGUAGAAAAUAGUAACCCCGCCUGCGCUAACGGGAUACGCUGGCGGAGCACCAGUGAAGGAUGAUAGAUGAGAAUGAAAACAGGCCAGUUAGCCCAUCAUGAUGAAUUCAUCAGGAAUUAAUCAUGAUAGUUUCCAGGGGGAACCGCGAGGAGUUCGACCUGGUUGGAUAUAUUACUAGCAAUAGGAUUCUCAAUUUCUAUUACUAACAAUCCCAUUUCCCCCUAUAAGUAUUCUGUUAUGACCAUGGUACUGCUCAUGUCAGGCGACAUUUACCACUUUCCAUCAGGUUGGCGUCAGCAUGUUUGCCAUUCUAAGUUGCAUAAAAAAAAAAUUGUAAAAGUCCUUCGAUAUUUAAGUUUUGAAAUUUGUUGAGUUUUUUCAACGAAAUCAGUUGAGCUUCCUCGAAUACAUAAUUGUGUGCGCAUUCUAAUGCGUCUGUAAAAACAGCAUAAUCAUA